AUGGAUCCACUCUCGAUCAGCACAAGUGUUUUCGCGAUCGCAACUCUUGCUGCUCAAACAUGCUCUGCCUUUUCGGAUCUGCGGUCGCUUUGCCAAAACUUACCCGGUCGGCUUCACGCAGUAAACAAUGAGGUGGCCGACUUGAAUUACGUCCUUUUUCAGAUCUCGCUGCUCGUGAAUGAUCGAGCUUGUCUGCCAGAGAGCAAACUAUCCGCGAUCCCGCAUCUUUUGAAGCAGGCGGAUCACAAGUUGGUUGAGAUCAAGGACAUCGUGAAUCAGCUAAACGAAGUAUGUCGCGUGUCGGAGCAGGGCCGGCUGCAGGCACUUCAGGAAGAUAUCAGGACUGUCAAAGCGAAUCUAAACAUAAUCCUCGGUGCCUCUAACUCACAAGACAUGAUGAAGAUCCGACUGGACAUAGAGGCCAUUUCCACAGUCGCAAUACAAUCGUCGCAUCAGCAAGUUGCCCUGCAAGACAAUUUUCUCAAAGGCCUUGCCGCGGUUGACGAGCGCAUCACCCGGGAACGACCUCCGCCAUAUACAAAGGAGACUUACACUACGCCAACUCAAUCGGAAGGGAUGGGAGUUCGUGUCACACCGUUUGUUGUAACGUGCCGGUCGGGGUGCCCGUGCGUUUGCCACUUGCAGAAGAAGUCAAGCAGCCCGGCAUUGUUGAAUCGAGUCCUCGGACGACUCUUCGUUGGCUAUGCCGGGCUGCCCCUUUUCAGUCCGAAAUGCAGCGUCGGUACAUGCAGGAAGUCGCGUGCUAGCCAAGUGAACCUGGAAUAUUGGUUUCCGUUAGGCUUUCUGUCAUCUGCGAUCGUGCGUAUUCAGGUCGGUUACCAGCCCAAUAUUGGAACGUUGUUGAAAUUGGAUACUCUGAGACGGGUUCCAGAUACGGCACAGUGCGUUAGUUUUGCCCUACAUGGAGAUAUCGACGGCCUUAAAUACCUUUUCGAAAAGGGGUUGGCGUCUCCUCGCGAUGUUAGCACCACUCGAGGAUAUUCCUUUCUGAUACAUGCCGGUGCGGAUGCUGAUUAUCGCCCAAUUGCUGCGAGUGACAAUAGCCCAAGGAAUAAGGCCUGUCAUUUUCUUCUUGAAGGUGGACUUUCGGACACGGCCUCCGACGCGCUCCAUACUAUUACCAAGGGCGGAUACUAUGAGGAUUUCAUAGAUGACGCAGGAUAUACCAAGACUCAUAAGAUCAACGAAAUCGCUCAGAACCCAGGCGACAUUAAUACACCAGAUGGAAUGGGUCGCACACCGUUAGCCUGGGCAGCCGCCCGUGGGGACACUCGUGCAAUCGUGACCUUGCUAAGCCACGGUGCAGACCCGAACAUCAUGGAUGGCCAUACCGUUGCCGUUCGCCUGUUGCUCGAAGCUGGCGCACUUACCGACUUCCGGAAACCCGGCAGUGAAAAGAAAGGCAGUCCUCUCAAUUGUGCGGCACGCAAUGCCACGGAUGUUUUACUUCUGAAAAGUCUUCUCGAUUUCGGCGCGGAUGUUGACUCAAGCGGAACAGAUGGGAAGACUUCACUCAUUCACGCAGCACGGACUGACAACGCCAGUUUCGCCAUGUUGCUCCUGGAAUACGGCGCGAAUAUCAACGCCAUAUCCGCUGACGGGUCCAGUCCACUGACCACAGCAAUUACCUACAAUAGCCACAAUGUGCUGAGAAUGAUGCUAGAUCGAUGGCACGAGUACUCUAUCGCCGCGCUUUAUGCAGAUCUUGAAACUAUUCGUAUCCUAGCUGCGACGGACCAUUUCCGGAUGAAGUACGAUAAGCAGUAUACACUAGGGUAUCUUGGUAAUCGUUUACGUCAACGACCUGAUUUGACAGAGGAUCUUGCGGUCGCAUUUGACGAUUUGUUGAGCAUUAUCAACCAGAUGCCUUCUCUCGGAGAAAGUUCAGAAAGAAUUAUGGAAUCUGUUUGUGUUCCUUGUCUUCCCCUGCGUGUCAAUUCUGACAUGGAUGAAUUGUACAAAGAGCCAAACAGUGGCUGUAGCUCUGAUGGUAGUUUUUGGGAUGCCCUUGAAAAUCUUCCCCCUGCCACGGAUGAUAUGCCCAUGUUGGAAAAGAUCCCGCCUCACGGAGGCAUAAUGAUUUAA